GUCUUUAUAAAAAUAUAAUGUAAAAGAGAAUGAUCACUAAAUAUUAUUUUAUUCAAGCCAUUGUAAGGAACCAUGUUAGUUAUGUAAUGAGUUCCAAUUUUGGAUCCGUAUGACUUAAAUUCUAUUAUUGUACGUCAGAUUACCUAUUUAAAACUAAAUCUUUAGUUCGGAAAUCUAACAAAUAACUUUAAAUAUCAAAAAGAUGUUUACCAAUUAGCAGAUAAAUACAAAAAUCGUAUUUAAACGGUUAUAAAUUUGUCUUUUUACAUUUGUUGUCAAACGAAAAGCGCAAAGUUAAGACACUCAAGAUGACUCGAAUAAAACACAUUCCAUUCUUAGCCUUGGCAUUUAUGCUAUCACCAUGUUUGAUUACUGCUGAUGUCGAAGUUAAAGAAGAAGUUAUCAAAACAGCAAACAAUGUGGUUAAUUGUAAUACUUUUUUUAACUUAUGUCUUCCCAAAUGUUCAUCAUAUCAAGGAUACAGUGUAAAAUGUUCAACUGCAACUGAUUCAACAGGUAAACAAAGUUAUAACAAAGAUGGAACCUCGUGUUUAUGUAAGGGUUCAGAACAAGUUAAACCUGUGACCCCUGUUGUUCCCGUCGUACCUCUGAAAUCUCUUGAUGAUUUCAGAAAGUCAAUUCUUGCAAGUCAUAACUUAUAUAGAAAAAAACACAAUGCACCAAGCCUUCAACUGAGUGACGAGUUAAAUGCUAUGGCGCAAAAUUGGGCAGAAAAUAUAGCAAGAACGGGAAAUGUCCAACAUAGUCCUCCCUCAUUGCGAAAUGGCGCUGGAGAAAACAUGUAUUAUGAAUGGAGUUCUGUAAGUCCUCCAUCCGGAGAAAAUGCUGUUAAAGUUUGGUAUGAGGAAGUUAUGUAUUGGAAUUUUAUGUAUAAUGGUGAUUAUCUAUUUCCUUUAGUCAGUAAUCAAGUCAGCCAUUUUACACAGGUGAUAUGGAAAUCAACCUCAAAACUUGGGUGUGGUCGAGCUUAUAAUGGAAACAAAGUUUAUGUUGUAUGUGAGUAUAGAGAAGCUGGAAACUUAGUUGGAAGUUUUUCAAAAAAUAUUUAUCCACCUAAUGCAUGAAAUUUUUCAAAAUGAAGCAAAGACUAUAUUUGUUAAUACAUUUAUUAUAAAAUUAACUUUCUUUUGAAAAA